UGUGUGUGGCCGGCGGCGCGCCGCAGCGUCGCGCGGGGGCGGAGGCGGAGGCAGAAAGCGAGCGCGACGUUCUGCUGCCCUGGGACGAGUGAUUCGCCAGAGGGCGGAGUGCACAACACCCGAUCAGCCGGUUUCCUUUUGGCUGGCUUUUUUUCUCCGGCAGGGGCUGGACUCCAGCCGUGCUAGCCUUUCUGGGCGCAUCCCGACGAGUUUGCCCGUUCUCGUGGUACCUUUCGGCGAUUCUUUUGCCGAAUUGGUCCUUCCUACUGAUCACCGGGACUUUUUUCCGGCUGAUAUUUCUUCAGUCAAGUUACUUUUAUCCACCUUCCGUGAGUUGUCUUCCCCUUCAACACCUUCAGACUCGUGGCAAUAAGCUCUUCUGUAGAUUAACUUCUUCGUCCCAUCUCUUCCUAGUGCUCGUGAAGGGUGCUUCGCUCUAUCCCACCCUCGGCCGGGAGAUUUCUUCCCUCCGAUUCCCUUCAUCGAGGGUUUCCCGCAUCGGGUUCCCUCCCGGGGGAGCCGCGCUCCCCCUUUCGUCCCCCCUCAUUCUCUUCCGGCGCCCGCUCGAUCCCUGCCGCUCGCCCGCCCGCCUGCCCGUUUGCGUCCGACCAUCCGCGCCGCCUCGGGCCCCAUUUUCGCCGUUGACGUGCCGCGUGGGAGGUGAGGGCGGCGUGCGCGUCGCCGCGCCCAUGGACGCGUGGGCGUGCCCGUCCUCGUCUUCGUCGGGCUGCUGCCGCCUGCUCCUGUCCGCGUGCUGCCCGCAGCACGGGCGCAACCGCCGCGGCCGCGCGCCGACGAUCGUGUGGACGCCCCUGCGCUACCCGGACAUCUCGCAGGCACUUUCCAGCACAAUGGCGACGCUGUCGCUUCGCAUCAGCAUUGCCGACAAAAAUGUCACCAAAACAAUGCAAUUUGACCCUACAACAAGUGUCUACGAUGCCUGUCGUAUCAUUCGAGAAAAGAUAUCAGAAGCCAACCAGGGACAGCCAAAUGACUACGGGCUGUUUCUGGCUGAUGAAGAUGUCAAGAAAGGAGUCUGGUUGGAACCAGGCCGAAACCUUGAAUAUUACAUCCUAAGGAAUGGAGACUUGCUAGAAUACAAGAAGAAACUAAGAACGUUAAGGGUUCGAAUGUUGGAUGGUACUUUGAAGACACUUCUGGUUGAUGAUUCCCAACCAGUAGCAAACUUAAUGGUUGUCAUCUGCACAAAAAUCGGUAUCACAAAUCAUGAUGAGUACUCGCUGGUGCGGGAAGCGACCGCAGAAGAGGAACCGGAAAGACCUGGGUUGGGCACACUCACGCUUCGAAGACGUAAAGCUCAGGAAGAUAAAGAACCACGUGAUUCUAAAAUGGAACAAUUACGAAAGAAACUUAGAACAGAUGAUGAAGUGAACUGGAUAGACCCUAGUAAAACACUGAGAGAACAAGGUGUGGAAGAAAGUGAAGCCGUUCUGCUUAGAAGAAAAUUCUUUUUCUCUGACCAAAAUAUUGAUGGUCGUGAUCCUGUUCAACUCAACCUUUUGUAUGUUCAAGCACGUGAUGCAAUUUUAGAUGGAACUCAUCCUGUAACUUUGGAUAAGGCCUGUGAAUUUGCUGGUAUUCAGUGCCAGAUUCAGUUUGGUGACCAUAGUGAAACAAAACACCGAGCUGGUUUUCUAGAUUUGAAGGAAUUAUUGCCUGCAUCAUAUGUGAAAGUGAAAGCUGUUGAGAAGAAAGUGUUUUCAGAGCACAAAAAGCACAUGGGACUUUCUGAAUUAGAUUCAAAGGUUUUGUAUACUAAGACUGCUCGUGAUCUACCUACAUAUGGUGUAACAUUCUUUUUGGUUAAGGAAAAAAUGAAAGGAAAGAAUAAACUGGUCCCUCGUUUGUUGGGAGUUACAAAAGAUUCGGUGCUAAGACUUGAUGAAAAAACAAAGGAAAUUCUUAAAACAUGGCCUUUGACAACCGUACGCAGGUGGGGUGCAUCUCCAAACACAUUUACCCUAGAUUUUGGUGAUUAUAGCGAUGAGUACUACUCAGUACAAACGACAGAAGCCGAGCAAAUACUCCAGUUGAUUGCUGGAUACAUCGAUAUCAUAUUAAAAAAGAAAAAAUCUAAGGAUCAUUUUGGUAUUGAGGGUGAUGAAGGAUCUACAAUGGUAGAAGACAGUGUUUCACCUCUGAAGGCCACUAUUCUACAGCAUGAGACAAGUCGUGUUGGCAAAGUGAACACUGAAUCUCUUGCAAAACCUGCAAUAAUGAGAGCUGGUGCAGAUGGUGCGAGGCCCUAUGGCACUGGGCACAUGCAGGGAGCCCAGUUUACGACAGUUGGAGGGCAGGCCAACCUUGCUCAUGCCCCGCCGAUGGUGCAGCAAAGCAAGGUGACAAGUGUUUUGUCUGAACCUCAGCGGGCACUUUUGUCAACAAUUUCAUCUGGUCGUGAUGUCAUAACAACAGUUGAAACUGAACUCCAGACAAAGGCCCAGAUUCCAGAAAUAGGAUCUGACCCUGCAUCAUUAAAAUGGAAGGAGACUACACUGGAUACCAACAAACAGAAUGUCAGCUCACAGAUUGCUGCUAUGAAUGCAGCUACUGCACAGGUUGUCACUCUUACUUCAGGACCUGUGGACGAAGUGGAUCAUACAGCUGUAGGUGCAGCAAUUACUACUAUUACUUCCAAUUUGCCCGAAAUGACACGAGGUGUAAGAAUGAUAGCUGCUCUAAUGGAUGAUGAAGGAUCAGGAGAUCGUCUUCUGGAUGCAGCAAGGAAACUUUGUUCUGCUUUCUCUGAUCUCUUGCGUGCCGCUGAACCUGAGACCAAGGAGCCACGACAGAAUCUAUUGAAUGCUGCAAGUCGUGUUGGUGAGGCAUCACAAGCAGUGCUUGGUUCACUUGGAGAUGAGGAAGAUGCUAAUCAAAGGGGAUUGCAAGAUGCUCUAUUGAGCCAGGCUAAGGCUGUGGCCACUGCAACAGCUGCUUUGGUGUUGAAAGCUAAGAGCAUUGCAGCUACGUGUUCUGAUCAGCCCACUCAAAAUAAAGUUAUUGGAGCUGCUACACAGUGUGCUCUUGCCACAUCACAACUUGUAGCCUGUGCCAAGGUUGUUGCUCCAACGUUGCAUAGUCCUGCAUGUCAAGAACAGUUGGUAGCAGCAGUGAAGGAAGUGGCUCGAGCAGUUGAAGGCUUGGUGGCUGUAUGCAAUGAAUCUUGCCAAGAUGAACGUCUCCUGAGGGAGUUGAGUGGAGCUGCUAGUGAAGUCUCUCGUACAUUGAAUGAUCUUCUAAAUCACAUAAAACUAAGCAGCCAAGAGCGUGUGAGGGAAACUGUUCAGGAGAGUUCAGUAGAGACUAUUCUUGUUGCCACCGAUAGACUAUUUGCAUCCUCUGGUGAUGCUGCAGAGAUGGUUCGUCAAGCACGAGUACUUGGACAAGCAACUGCCCAUUUAAUACAGUCUAUAAAAGGUGAAGCUGAAAGACAGCCUGACUCAGAACUUCAGCGCCGAUUGUUAGCAGCUGCCAAAACUCUGGCUGAUGCCACUGCCCGCAUGGUUGAAGCAGCCCGUUUGUGUGCAUCAGCACCUCAUGAUAUCCAAUAUCAAAAUCAAUUACGUACAGCUGCAGAAGAGUUACGCCAAGCUACAGCGGCUGCUGCAACUCCAGCCUUGAGACGUAACAUCUUUGCACGGCUGGAGGCUGCUGCUAAGCAGUCUGCUGCAGCAGGCACGCAAUGUGUGGCUGCAGCCCAGGGUGCAGCCCCUCACACCACACAUCGGGCUUCUCAGGAAGAGCUCUUGGCUGAAUGUCGCACUCUUGCUGAACAAGUACCAGCCUUAGUAGAAGGGGUCAAAGGAACACUAGCACAACCUGACUCUAGUAGUGCCCAGCUCCACUUGAUCAAUGCUUCAGAAGCUUUUCUUCAGCCUGGAAAUCGUGUAGUUCAGUCUGCCCGAGCUGUACUUCCCACAGUGACUGACCAUGCAUCAGCUAUGCAACUACAGACAAGUGCCCAGUCCCUCGGUCAGUCACUGGGAGACUUGCGGGCUGCCCUAGGACGUGCACGUGAAGCUUGUGGCUCUGGAUUGGAAUUAAAUGCUGCUACAGAUCUUAUCAAUUCUCUCCGUGCAGAACUGGAGGCCUUUCAGAGGGCUGCAGAUCGCCUGGAGUUGCGGCCACUACCUGGUGAAACGGCUGAGUCAACUUCACUUCAGUUGGGUUCUGUCUCCAAAAACGUAUCUGCGGGCAUGGCCCAAUUGGUGUCUGCUGCAGCUCAGGGCAAUGAGAGCUAUACAGGCCAAGCAGCUCGAGCAACUGCAGCUUCUCUGAGAGAGCUUACCAAUGCAGUCCGUGGUGUGGCUGCUACUUCUAAGGAUAGAGACACCCAGCGCAGGCUAAUCUCAGGAGCAGACUUGGUGAUGGAGCAUUCUCUUCGACUUAUUGAGGAAGCCAGAGUUACCCUUCAUCAACCAGACAGACCUGAUGGAAAUGCUUCAUUGGUUAAUGUGGUAAAGGAUGUUUCACAGGCUCUCAAUGCUUGUGUUGGCUGCCUUCCUGGCCAGAGGGCUGUUGAUGAAGCACUUCAUACUAUUUCUGAUGCGUCUCAAGCCAUUGAUCACCAAGAGUUUCCAGUUUCCAACAAAUCAUAUGGACAACUUCAGCAAGAGCUCAAUACAGCUGCUGCUAGCCUCAAUGAUGCAUCUGCUGAGGUGGUAUCAUCAGUUAGAUCUCCUGCUGAAUUGGCAGCAUCUUCCCGAAAAUUUGGAACUGCCUUUGGAGAUUUGGUUGGAGUCAGCAUGGAAAUGGCAGGACAAACCCAGGACAAAGAAGUUCAAGGCCAGAUGGUAGUGUCAUUGAAGAAUGUCUCUAUGGUAUCUUCAACACUGUUAGUUACAGCUAAGACAGUAGCUGCUGACCCUAGUGCUCCUAAUGCCAAGAAUCAGUUGGCAGCUGCAGCAAGAGGAGUAACUGAUAGUAUCAACCACCUCAUUGAUGUGUGCACAUCAGCUGCUCCUGGACAGAAAGAAUGUGAUAAUGCUGUGCGCAAUAUCCAAUCAAUGCGCCCACUUCUAGAAAACCCAUCAGAGCCAGUUUCUGAUCUUAGCUACUUUGAGUGUCUUGACCACAUUAUGGAGAAAUCUAAAUCCCUAGGUGAUGGUAUGACUGGCAUUGCCCAGCAUGCUAAAGCUUCUGAGUAUGAAAAGUUUGGAGGAGCUGUUCGUGGAGCAGCAUCUGCAGUGUGUGGCUUAGUUGAAGCUGCGGCACAGGCAGCAUAUCUCGUGGGAGUGUCACACCCUGCGUCUCAAGUGGGCCGGGCUGGCUUGGUGGACCAAGCCCAGUUUGCCCGUGCUGCCCAAGCUAUUCGCCAGGCAUGCCAACAGUUGACAAAUCCUGCUGCAAACCAACAACAGGUGUUAUCUGCUGCUACUGUUAUUGCUAAGCAUACUAGUUCUUUGUGCAAUGCCUGCCGAGGAGCAUCUUCAAAAACAACAAAUCCUGUGGCAAAGAGACAUUUUGUUCAGUCUGCUAAAGAUGUUGCCAACUCUACUGCCAGCUUAGUGAAGGAAAUAAAAGCAUUGGAUGCAGACUAUAGUGAACAGAAUAGACAAGCUUGUGGAGCUGCUACACAGCCAUUGUUGGAAGCAGUGGAAGGUCUGUGCACUUUUGCUGCAUCUCCAGAAUUUGCUUCUCAGCCUGCUCGCAUUGCUGUGGCAGCACGGGCUGCCCAGGAGCCCAUUACUGGCGCUGGUAGAGAUAUUAUUGAUGGUGCUGUGUCACUUGUGAAGGCAGCCAAAUCACUAGCUGUGAGCCCUAGAGAUCCUCCUACUUGGCAAUUACUGGCUUCACACAGCAAGGCAGUGUCAGAUGCAAUCAAGCGUCUUGCAUCUUCCAUUCGGGACAAAGCUCCAGGACAACGUGAAUGUGAUGCUGCAGCUCAAAGACUGCGGACAGUUAUUCGUGAUCUCGAUGCAGCGUGCCUGUCGGCAGUGUCUCAAAGCCUGCCUCCACGUCGGGAUUCUUCUCUCCAAGGAUUUGCUGAACAAACCGAAGCAGCUGCAGCAGAAAUGGCUGAUAAAUUGGAACCUCUUCGUGCAGCUGCCACAGGCGGCUUUGCUGAAGCACUGGGACAUGCUGUUGAUCAGGCAACCUUGUACUUGGAACCACUGGUCACUGGUGCUGUUGGAGCUGCCUCGAAUAUGAUGCAUUCAAAACAACAAAUGGCCCUUCUAGACCAAGCAAAGACUGUAGCAGAAUGCUCUCUUCAGUUGGUGCUUGCUGCAAAGGAAGCGGGUGGUAAUCCCAAGGCAGUUGGUGCUCAUCAAGAGGUAGAGGAAGCUGUAGAGGCGACCAGAGAUGCCUUAGCUGAUCUUGGACGUACUCUUGAAGCACUAGCCACCCAAGCAGGAGUAGUCCGUGGAGUUUUAGAUCAGAUUACUCGGGCCAUGUCUCGGGUUGCUGAUUCCCGAGCAUCUCUGCAUGGUGGUGAUGCUUCUUCUGAGCAGAGUUUUGUGGAAUUUCAGACUCGCAUGGUGCAAGUGGCAAAGGAAAUUGCUCGUAUUGCUCAAGAUAUGACAACCAAGUCAGGAAGUGGAGAGGCUGCUCGUCUGGGUCCAUUAGCUGCAGAGCUGGCUAGACGUUAUGGCCAGCUCGCCCAGGAUAGUGUGGGUGCAGCUGCAGCAACAGCUAACAGUGAGGUAGCUGCUCGUUUGCGCUUUGGGGUUCAAGAGUUGGGUAGAGCAUCACAAGAACUUGUAAGAGCUGGAGGAGCAUGCCAGCUAGCUCCAGCUGAUGAUGAAUAUGCUCGCAGAGAUGUUGCUGAUGCUGCUCGUACUGUGUCCGAGAAGGUUUCACAAAUUCUAGCAGCUUUGCAAGCUGGGUCAAGGGGCACACAAGCUUGCAUUAAUGCUGCAAGCACAGUUUCUGGAAUUAUUGGUGAUUUGGAUACCACAAUUAUGUUUGCCACUGCAGGAACUUUACAUGCUGAAGAUGAAGACAAAUCAUUUGCUGAUCAUAGAGAAAAUAUUCUUAAGACUGCCAAAGCUUUAGUGGAAGACACAAAGACCCUUGUUGCUGGAUCUGUUCAUGUAGUUGAUUUACAGACAAGUAGUGCAGCCUCUUCUCAAGAGCAACUAGCAGUAGCUGCCCAGAAUGCUGUGUCAACAAUUUUACAGUUAGCAGAAGUGGUUAAAUUGGGUGCAGCAUCUUUAGGUGCCCACAAUCCAGAAGCUCAGGUGAUGCUAAUAAAUGCAGUGAAAGAUGUAGCAUCUGCUCUUGGAGAUCUUGUUCAUGCUACAAAAGCUGCCUCUGGGAAGUCCAUCAACGAUCCGUCAAUGAACCACCUGAAAGAGUCAGCAAAGGUGGUGACUGAUUCGGACCCUGAUUGGGCCGCAUCUGCAUCUGAUCGUGAGGAGGAAGAGUUGCUGCGCCUUCUGAGUGUCGAGUCUCUGCCACGAGCUGCAUCACCACUCUCCGACCUCGUAAUGGUUACCAAUGUGACAUCCCUUCUAAAAACUGUAAAAGCAGUUGAAGAUGAACACACUCGUGGCACGAGAGCUCUUGAAGCCACUGUAGAAGCCAUUGCUCAAGAGAUGAGAGCUUUACACACUCCAGAUGUACCAUCCUCAGCAGCUGGGUCAGGUCAACACGGCGCAGCACCUGGAACCUCACCUGAAGACCUUGUACGUUGUACAAAAGCAAUUACCGUUGCAACUGCAAAGGCUGUUGCUGCUGGUUCAAGUGGUCGCCAAGAGGAUGUUAUAGUUGCUGCUAACAUGGGACGAAAAGCUAUUUCAGACAUGCUACAUAUUUGCAAGGGUGCUGCAACUCAUGCAGAAAGUGCUGAAUUGCGAACACGCACGUUAUCUGCUGGACAUGAAGUUGCAGCUCAAUAUCGUGCACUUCUCCAAACUGUCCUUAUCACUGUUAGUCAUCCUGCUGGAGCAGCAGAAGCUCGUCAAACUCUUGCACCAGCAUCACGUCGUAUUGCGCAGGCUGUGACUGAAUUGGUGGCUGUUGCAGAACUACUUAAAGGCUCAGAUUGGGUUGAUCCUGAUGAUCCAACUGUGAUUGCUGAAAAUGAACUACUUGGAGCUGCUGCCUCCAUUGAUGCAGCUGCGAAGAAACUAGCUUCAUUGCGGCCAAGGCGAUCUGUGCAGGAGGCUGAUGAAAGCUUGAAUUUUGAUGAAAUGAUUUUGGAGGCAGCCAAAUCCAUUGCAGCUGCCAACUCUGCCUUGGUGAAAGCAGCCUCUGCUGCUCAGCGUGAACUCAUAGACUCAGGCAAAGUUAGUCGCCGUCCACUACACUCUUCAGAUGAUGGCCAGUGGUCUGAAGGCCUUAUAUCCGCUGCGCGACUGGUGGCUGCUGCAACACAUUCCCUAGUGGAAGCUGCAAACGCAUUAGUUCAAGGUGCUGCAGGCGAGGAGAAGCUUGUCAGUUCAGCAAAGCAAGUUGCCUCCUCCACAGCACAGUUGUUGGUGGCUUGCAAGGUUAAAGCUGAUCCCGAUGCCGAGUCAACUAAGCGAUUGCAAGCUGCUGGCAAUGCUGUGAAGCGUGCUACAGACAAUCUGGUUCGAGCUGCCCAACAAGCAAUUCAGCAGGAUGAUAAAAAUUAUCUGGUUUUGAACUGUCGCAUGGUAGGAGGAAUUGCACAGGAAAUAAAUGCCCGUUCUGAAGUACUUAGAAUUGAGAAACAGUUAGAAGAAGCGAGAUCAAGACUCACUGCAAUUCGGCAAGCCAAGUAUCGAAAGAAGGGGGGCACUGGUGGUGAAACAUCACCAUCUGAUGGAGAUACUGAUGGCUAUGGAAGUGGAUAUGAAUCCUUUACCACAAGGUAUGAAACACGAUCUUAUGACCAGAGCACUCCUAUACAUAUGCAACAACAGCUUCAGCAGCAACAAGAUCAUCAGCAGUCUACCAAUACAACAAUAACCACGUCUCUGAAUGGUGUUUCGUCUGGACCUGUGAGCUCGCCAGAGAAAUUGUAUUCUAGCCUCAGCAAGGUUGAACAGGCAUACUCAAGUAUCCGAGGUUUAUUGGAUGAAGCCGAUGCUCGCAGAGAGGAUGGUAGAAGUGAUUCAACAAUUCUCCGACGUAGUAAUGGAGUAUCUGAUGGCUUUGCUGGUGAAACUAUUGCUACACGAACAUAUGCAACUUCCAUGCCUGCCUCAAUUCGACAGUCAUCUGAUGCGUCACAGACAUUCACCACAAACAGCUUUGAAUCCAGUGUCAACAACUAUAUGUCUCAAUCAGACCAAGGAGACAUGACCUCCUCUUUGGAACAGCGAAUGCUGAAGCAGUCAAUGACACAGCGAAUGACAGAGAAACGUGUUGUGACUAUGACAACACAACUUCAGUCUUUUAAAAUUGAUGAAAAGUAAUAGACUUAUGACUUUAUGCAUUUCACUUUCCUUGUACGUGGAACACAUACUGAAUGAUGACUGUUAGUAUGUCAUAGCGUUUCUGGGGUGGAGAGAACGAGAGGGUUGUUUCUGGUAAAAAUUAAGAAUGCAGAUGCCAAUAUAACCAUUGAGUCCUGUGACACUAGGCCUUAUAUUUGUAGUUUUAAUUAAGUGUUACACUCAAUGGGAUUAUUAAUGAGUGGUCGACAUAGAGUGGAAUGUUCCUUGUUUAAGGGCAAAAGUCUUUAAGAAGCAAAAGGAAGUGAAACAGAUGGACCAUUAUAAUUAAAAUACUAAGAACAAGUGCUAUUGGUACAUAAUUGCCUUUCUGUUUCCUAUGUAGACUAGUUGAACUUGUAUUUUUGGAUAGGAUAAAAAAGAAAUUUUCACCAGUUUGUGGUGGUUGUUGUGUUUUAUCCAAAGAAAGUUGUUUUAUAAAAUUAUGUUCCUCUUUAGUCAGUGGUUUGGUUGCAUUUCUUUUAGUGUUGUAAGAAAAAAAAAUCGGUACAGAGAUUUUAUAUGAAAACUAUGUGCAUUCUCAUAAAAAAAACACUGUUUUCUAGUCUGAUUUUUGUAAGCACUUAGAGGAAAAAUAUGUUUUACAUAUGCAAUAGAUACAAGUUUAUAGGACUCCAAAAGCCAGAGAUAUGUGACUUUUCUACACUUUUUGUCGCUCCACUCAUUCUAAUCAACUAACAGUUCAAAUCCUUUGAACAUACAAAAUUUUUCUCUGGUGUUUGUACCUUAGAGAGUUACAAGAGUAUUUGCAGUCUUGCCUACAAUUAUUUUAUUGUAUUAAAAAGCCUGACAGGUACUAUAGAAAAGUAGUUCCUGUGGUACAAAUAUAACUUGUAACAUUAUUACCUAAAAUAUAUUUGUUGCUAGCCUAGUCGCAAAGAGAGGAGAAAGAUGGCACUAGAUUUCCAUGAGCAAAACAGGGUAAUAUAUGUCUUUGGUUCAAUGAUGUAUGCAUUGUCAGUUCACAACCCUCUCACAGUUCAUAUGGUUUGAUGUAAUUGUAAUGUAAACGUGGCAAACAUGUGGUGCUAUGAGAUUGUAUGUUUUAAAACAGAUUUUUAUUGUUUUUAAAAACUAAAUCUUAUAUAUAUAUAUAUAUGUAUACACAUAAUGUAAACUUAGUAUUAUUCUAAUCAUUGUUAUAUGCUUUAUAGUUUGUAAAAAAGAAAGAAAGGGAGGGAGAGAGAGAGACCAGACAUGCAAGAAUGAAAUUUAUAAGUGCCAUAUUGUAAUAUACUGUUUUCUCUGGUAGUAAAUGUCUCUGAGGCAUACUGUCUGCUGAGAGAUGAUACUCCAGGUCACUAUGAAUACUAAUUUUUUAUUUGAGUGAAAGUAAAUAUAUUCAUGUUGUUUUAUUGAUUGUUUUUUUUAUUAUUUUUUUUAUUUUUAAAUUCAAGAAUCAAAGUUUCUGUCGUAUCUUGUAACUUCAGAGUAGUCAAUGAAGUUACUUGAAAACAAUGCUGAGGAAAGAUGAAAGAGAAUUUUUAAUAGCUUCCAAGGUUUCUUGUCAAAAUAUUUAUAAAAUUUUAUCCGACCACAAACUUUCUGAAAUGAAUCUCAUAAAUAUGAAUCUCCUAAAGUUUUAAUUUCAUAUGAUUUUUAAAGUUGCAUUUGUUGUUAAGUGUUUGGUAAUUAGCAGCGACAUGCCAUGCCUUUGUAAUACCGUUUACUUAACAUGUUAGGAGGACAUUCAUUUACUUUUUAUCCCUAGACAAGAAAAGUAUUAUCAUGUAACUACCUAAUUUUGCCCUCAAUAUAUUUUGAGAAACUUGCUAGUAUAAUAUUGUGAAAUAAAUUGCUGAGGAGAUUCAAACCAGGUACCUAAGUUAUGGUAAUCCCUCAUAAAUUUAACACUAUUAAGGAAGCAUGCAUGAACAUAUUUUCAUUUUUAAAUAAUUAUUUUUAUAUCAGUCUUAACAGGUGUAAGGAUUGUUUAUUUGAGAGGAUUUUGGUCCAAUUUACAGUAGAUAACAUCCUUGUGAAAUGCACAGAAGAAAUAUCCUUUGUUUAAUUUCAGGCCAUAAUGCUUCCAGGUUUUAGAUGUAGGAAGUCCUGUUGUUGAUAAGCAUUUGUAUUUGAUGAUACCUAUGACUGAAAGAAGCCAGUUUAGAAAGGAUUGUGUGUACUGGUCUCACUGAUUAAUUGACUUAAUCUAGUAACUGUAAUAUUUUAAUCCACUAAAGCAAGAAACCAAAAAAAGUCUUUCACCACCUAUCAGUAAACCAACAGUUAGUUGUAAUAAAAUGUUAACAAAUUAUGUAUUAUAAACAAUAUUUGCUGUUAACUACCUAUAUAUAUUUCUGUUAUGUUUGGUUAAUUGAUUGGCUGAAAACUUUGGGUAUUUGGUCAGUCAAUUGUUAGAAUGAUAAAUAAAAUGUAGUUACUUUUCAGAUUUAUAAAAAAGGAUGUCGCAUUAUUACAAUGAGUUAUUCAAAUAGUAGUUACAUUGAAUUAUUGUGUUACAGAGCUAUAGCACAAAAUUCAAUGAUAUUAUAGGAUAUUUAUUAAUUGUUACAAAAAUCUUACUAGAAAACUAAAGAAUUUUGUCAUGACCAAGACCUUUCGGGAGGGUGGUGAAGAGACCCUAUGAUACAAGGUGUGAUACUUUGCUAUAUAAUCACACUGACAGAAGUAUGAUUUACCUUGACCAAGUUUAGUUAGAGAAACAUAAAACAUUGUAUACAUUUUUCACCAGUGAUUUUAACAAAGCAUUUUGAUUUGCUAAUGUCAAUUUUUUUUUAGGUUAGACUGUUUUUAUAUUUUUUUAAAUAUACUUGUGCUGGUCAGUAUUUUUUUAAAACAUCUUAAAUUUCAACUUUGUUAAAAACUUCUAAAGAAGAAGUGGAGUAUGUGAUUCUAAAUAUUAUGCAACUGUUUUGCUUACAAGCAAUGGAGUGCCAUUUUGUAAAUUAAACAUGCAGCAGAGACCUUUCAAGUUAUUUUAGAAAAUUAAAAUAACUACUUACGAUAUCUUUUGAUUCUAAAAGAAAAAAAGUGCUGACCACCAUAAGCAAAGUGAUAUGCCAAACAAAGACCUCAGAUGCAGAAAACACAAGCUUAUUAUUUCUCCAUAAAAACAUUUUGAUUCUAUUGCUCAAUAGUACAAUCCAUGAAAGGAUAACUACUGGAAUGAAUUACGAUUGUUUUUAAUAAAAUGUCUCAUGCUUCUGGGUUUACCAAAGACCUUGAAACUCUACUUUUCUUAUUUUCUGCUUUUGAGGUCCAGAGAUAUUGCUACUGCACAUAUCAGCCUGUAAUUAGCUACAUAUCAUUAUAUUCCUUUGCAACACGGGAGUAUUGUUUUCAUUUGCUUGGUACUUAAACUUCUCUAUUAUUUUCAGCAUUUAUGUGCUUCCAUCAAUUUCUUCCAUGUUUGUGUUCAAAUGUCACUGCUUUUGGAUACUGCAUAUUUUAAGAUUGGCAAAUCAAGGGAUUAUGCUUGGCAGUUAACAUACAGAUUACUGAACUUUUGUAGCCUGUAAUGCAUGCUGUAUUAUAUUCUUGAAUGUUAAUUUUAAGAAACCCUUUAAUUAGGCAGCAGUUGCGUAAAACUGCCUCAUGGCUGCAGAAGUUUCUGUUAUUCCAUGCUUUUCAGAUGAAUGAAAGGUUGAAUGUGAGUUUGUCUGAUUGGCCAUUCAUUACCUCACCUGGUGUUAACUGUCUUGUUCAUUCUGAAUAUUUCUAGCAUAUUCGUACUGUUAACUAUUGUGUAUUUUGUACAGGUGUUACUUUUCUGUGCACAUUUAUCAUGUGCAGUUAUUGAUAUAUUUCCUUGCUUUCUAGGCUGAACUGUGUUGUAUUGCCUCAUCCUAUUUUAGGAUGAAAAGCUGAGUGUCUUACAGUGUAGAGGUGCCUUUUCUGAGCAUUGGGAGUGUUUGUUCUCACUGACUUUCUACUACUAGCCCAGACUCAUUCAUGAUGUUUAAAUAUGUAUUUUGAAUAAAUAUACAAACUAUAACUCAUACUCUGUUUUUAUACCAUUCAACCUCAAUUCAAAUAUAUUCCUGUUCUUGCA